AUUAUCAAAAGGAAGACAUGCCUGAGCCAGCGAAAUCCGCCCCUAAGAAGGGCUCCAAGAAGGGUGCGACCAAGGCCCCCGGCAAACCUGGCAGCAAGAGGCGAAGGCCCAGGAGGGAGAGUUAUGCCAUCUACGUGUACAAGGUGCUGAAGCAGGUCCAUCCCGACACUGGCAUCUCGUCCAAGGCCAUGGGCAUCAUGAACUCCUUCGUGAGCGACAUCUUUGAGCGUAUCGCAGGUGAGGCGUCUCGUCUGGCUCAGUACAACAAGCGUACCACCAUCACCUCCAGGGAGAUCCAGACCGCCGUGCGCCUCCUGCUCCCCGGGGAGUUGGCCAAGCACGCAGUGUCUGAAGGCACCAAGGCUGUGACCAAGUACACCAGCUCCAAGUAAACGGCUCAACUGUUGAACGGAAACCAACCCAACGGCUCUUUUUAGAGCCACCCACUUCCUCUGGAGAGCAGACAGUUCAGUGUGAUCUUCAAGAUUAAUUUAUGCCUUAUGUAACUGCACGUCUGUGAGCUACCCUACAUCUGUUACAGGCUAACAUAUUGCUAAUGUAUUGCUUUUUAUGUAACUUUUAUUCUCUAUAGUUGCAUUUGAAAAAAAAAGUUCUGUUUAGUAUUUCUCAUAAUUAAGUGUCAAAAGUUUUCAGUGGUGAAAUAUAAGCAAGUGUGUAUACUGAAGUACUGUGUAUUUAAAUAAUUUUUAUUACAUCCCAGAGGCAAAUACUGGACUGUACUUUUCACUUUAUUAUUUGACAUUAGUCAGUAGAAUCAGGUUAAUACAAUAAACUAUCAAUCAAUACAAAAUGUAUGUUAAUAAAAUACAUUUGUAUAUCACAAUAAAACAAUAAUCAAUCACCUUAUAAAAACAUUGGAAAAUCAAAAACUAGAAGUACAACACAGAAAAAUUCCAAAACCAAUUUAAAACAAAAAAAACAAAACAAAACAACACAUAUAUAAUAGAGAUGGGAUUUAUGGCUCUUUGAGGGGAGCCGGAUCUUGGUGAGCCGUUCCUUUCAAAGAGCCGUUCAGAAAACUGGCUCAUUUGACUGAUUUUUAUAUUUAUUAAGUUUUAAGAAGCCAGCCUGGUGGUAACUCAUUUUAUCUUGGAAAUAAUCACUGGGAGGUAUGAUGGGGUGAGAUUUGGAACAAAAUAAUACAAAAUUAGAUAUCCCACCAAUAUCUGAGUUUGAAUUAUUCUGAAAUAUUGAUUAUAACCUCAUUUGACGUGUGGACUAGAUUUUAAAGUCUGAUCUGGAUUCAUUAUAAAUAUUCCACAAGGUUGCGCCAUAUCACUCUGCUUUGACAGUGACAUCACUACUUUGGAUUUACCCUUUAUACAAAUUGUUUGUAUGUGUGUAAAGCUACCAUGACUUGUUAUUCAUGCAACACCGUGACCUUAACACUUAUAAAUAAACACUAAAAAACAAAGCAAGCUACAAUGAAUUUUGCUCAGGGGAGGAGCAAAG